AUGAAGAGUCCUACAAAGAGGGGGCUCCAAGUCGUCAACUCUUCCCCGCCCUCCUCUUCUUCCCCCGCGUUGUUACCGGGCUCAAACUGGGGAACUACCAGUAACCGCUCCGCCCGACUCCCGGAUAUCUCGAAACAGAUCAUCGGACGAAUCCCCUCAAAGCAAAAGGAGCUCUUUGUAAACUACUCAAAGAAAACCAAGGACAACGUACAAAGUUCGCUCAAACUCCUCAUUCGACGUGCCAAUGAUACCCCACGGACUCCCGGGGCCCGUCCAAACCCCGAACCUCAAAAGACACAGAACCCCGGUCCCUCAGAUCCACCUCCCAACGGCCUGACCGCUGAAGAAAAAACUCGGCAGACACGAUCGGCAUUCCCCCGAACGAGCCGGGUUGCGACAUAUCCGCACCCCGUCCGUACACGGCCAACUUCAAAGACCAUCCGUCAUUACUCCCCUAAUCAAAGUGUGAACCCGGCGCAAAUCCAUCAAUCCUGCCCCCCCGCCACCGCUUACAUGAACCACAUCAUCGUGCAUAAAAAGGCUGGCCGUCCCUCGCCCUACUUUAGUACGCUUCCCCUCAUCACAAGCAAAUUCAUGGGCCACAUCAUCCACCAGGAGAGAGAACACAUGUAUACCGCCCCGAUCCUUGGUGAUGGUCUUGAAACCAUCGCUUCCAACUUUGUGAGCAUCGACCAGGCUUCCCAUAAAGCAAAGCCGCCAGUCGUUACCAAGCUCGGGUAUCUCGUCCACACGCAUAUCCGCCAACCGUUGCCUCAGUUCCUUGACCCGCUUCCAUAUACAUGCGUGCAGGCCCACUGUCCGUCUGUCUCAAACGCCGAGAGAGCGACACAUUACUAUCCACCACUGAAUCCAUCAUCCCGGAAUGAGUGGGUAUCUCAUUGA